AUGUCUGUUUCGCCCACAGAAGAAGAACUCAAAGACGCGCUCGUCACUCUCAAACAUCAAAACCCAUCCCUUGGAAUCUCCAAGAUCUAUGCACUUCUCCUCAGAACAUAUCCCAAUUGGACCGUCAGCGAGAAGCGAACACGAAAAAUUCUUCAAAAUGAGGGCCUGGUCCUUUCCUCGACUUCAAUAAAAAGAUCAACGAUUGUAUAUCCAUCUUCUCGAGUUAUCCCCCAGCUGGAUGUUACACAAUGGACGAACAAGGUGGAGGUCACUUUCUACGAUCAACAGAAAGGAAAAGGCCUCAUCGCCACCUCUGAUAUCGAAGAAGGGGAGGUGAUAUGGAAAGAGGACCCGUUCAUCAUCGCUCCUGAGUGGGAUUUAUUCGAUUUGCAGCUGAAGUCUACGGCAUGUGCGUACUGCACUACCCCUCUCGUUGACUCUCCCAUCGCCGGCUCCCCCAUCCCAUGUCCCGCUUCCAUUUCUUCUGCAUUUUGCCCUGCGAGGUUCUGUAACCGCCUCUGCCUGUCCCGAUCGGCUAAAACCCACCCCUUGUUGUGUCCUGCGCAGAACCCUGCUUCUGUACCGCUUAUGAAGUGGACGAAGGAUAGGCAGUGGAUGGCGCUGCAUGCGUUGGCGCAGUGUAUGAGCAGAAUAUUGCUUGCCAGUCAAAAGGACGAGGCGACGCUCAGAGCGGAUUGGGAGGUCAUGCGUGGGCUCGCUGCGCUAGGCAUGGAAGAGCGUUUUAAUUAUAGCUUCAAAUCAACCGGAAACGCUGAACCGGACAGGUCAUCAUGGAAAAAGGCGCACCAGCUAUGCGUGCAGGCGUUCAAGGAGCCCAAAACGGUGCCGGAGAAGAAGAAACUAGCUCGACUUCUCAAAAAACCACUUCCCGCAGAUGUCGAGCGAGAGCUGUUUGAGUAUGAUCCAUGUUUUCUUAGAAACUUGGGGUCUAUGAGUCUAAAUCUCGAAGGCCAUGGGGGUUUAUACACCCUUCAUUCGCAUCUAAACCACUCAUGUAGACCCAAUGCAUCCGUCCGGCACUUGGAUCAGCGCACCGCGCUCUCGCGCAUUACCAUCGUUGCGAAACGGCCUAUCAAAAAGGGCGAGGAGUUGCUCAUUUCCUACGUGAACCCCGAGCUAAGGUAUGAAACCAGACAGAGUGAGCUUCAAGGAUGGGGCUUUGGGUCAUGUCGCUGCCAGCGGUGUUUGGAAGAAGAGAAGCAAGCCAAGGAGAAGCCUGAGGUUCCGGUUCCUUCUGGAAUGGAGGAUCUGGAGAGCGAGCUGAAAGCUGGGCUGGGGGUGAUGUGA